AUGAUGAGCGGCUCGUCGAGCGGUGGCGGCGGCGGUGGACGGCCGUGCGGGGCGUGCAAGUUCCUGCGGCGCAGGUGCAUGGCCGGCUGCAUCUUCGCCCCCUACUUCGACGCGGAGCAUGGGGCGGCGCACUUCUCGGCGGUGCACAGGGUGUUCGGCGCCAGCAACUUGUCCAAGCUCCUCCUGCAGAUCCCUGCGAACAAGCGCAUGGACGCCGUGGUCACCGUCUGCUAUGAGGCUCAGGCCCGCCUCCGUGACCCCGUCUACGGCUGCGUCAACCACAUCUCUGCCCUCCAGCAACAGGUGGCGAAUCUCCAGGCCGGGGUCGCCUACCUGCAAGCCUACCUCGCCACGCUGGACGUGCCACCGCCACCGCCUCCGCCACCGUCUUUCCCGCACGUGCCAAUGGCCACCGCGUUCUCCGUCUCCGGCCUGCCGUCGUCGUCGAACGUCCCGGACAGCGGCAACGACCUGUCAUCGCUCUUCGCACAGCCCACGCAGUCCCAGUGGGACUUGCAACACCAACACCAACACCAACACCAACACCAGCACCAACAGCCGCUACUCCAACAACCAUAUGACCAAAUGGGAGAGGGCUCCGGCUCCGGUGGCAGCCGCACCGACGGUGGCGACCUGCAAGCCCUGGCCAGGGAGCUCUUGGAACGGUCCCAACGGAGAUCGGCGGGAGCGAGGCCCCAAAGGCCAUCGCGCACACAGUGAUGAGACUGUCUGCCUCGCAGGUGAACUGAGUCAACUGACUGAUCAGGGAUAUGCAACCAUUCAUGUAUUGUCGAGAGAGGAUUAGUUGCAUGAUAAUAAAUUUGUAGUUUGAGAAAAUGUCAACCGAAUUCAUGGCUGUAAGGUGAGAUAUAUGAGAUGGAUAAGGCGACGAAGAAGAUGUGGGAGGAGAUAGUGCUGGAAUAUUAAGCAAUUUCCAAUUUACUGAUUGAUAUAGGAGUACAAUUUCUACAUUACAUUGCAGUUUUGG